CAGGCCUUUACUCGCGUUCUGGGCCGCCUAAUGUCAUUAUGUGUUCAAACAAUUUGUCCAAACGCGUAAAGAGGUGAUGCUCCGACGUCGAACGCCUCCCCACGUGCAUCAACCCCGCACGAACCUACCCCUCUUACUCUGACCCGAUGGCUUCGAAUCGUGCAGGCUUUAUAUAUGGUAGGCGAUGGCUGCCGAAAUAAUUGCUGGAGACUUGCCUGUGCCUUAACUGCAUUCAAUUGCAGCAAUUCAGUGCAUCUCGUUACCUUUGACCUCCUUUCUAAUCUAAAGUUCUUACAUCUAAGAUCUUUGAGCGCCAUCAUGUCCGGCUGGGAUGACAUCAACAUGGCGCUGGAGAGCAGUAAGGAUAAGCUGACCAAGCUUCUCCAGUCUGACAAGCAGCUAAAGGCUUUUACCACAUCUGACGCCAUUGACAAGUCCGCGACUUUUGGCAUCAAGUCAAGCGGCUCUGACAGCACCCUGCUCAUCGAAGUCACCAAUGGCAGCGCCAAGGCCAGCGCUGGAAUCUCAAAGGACGCUCUCUUUACGCUCUCUGCACUGCCGGAGCAGUGGGAGCAGCACUUCAAGGCAACGCCUGCCAUGCCUUACCAGAGCUACUGGGGCAUGUUCGGCAUGAACAUCAAGCAGAAGGGAAUUGAAGUCCUCGGUGACCAGACAGCCUUUGCUCACUGGACUCACGUCUGGAGACGCGUGCUCGAGCUUACACACGAGGCACACUGUGGUCCCUUGAAAGAGGAAGAGCAGCCUGAGCAGGAGCGUGACUACCUCACAGGUCGCUACGUCUUCCUCGAUGCACCAAUCUGGGGCAGGUCAAAGGUCUUCUACGAGUCCUCUGGUGAGGGUAAGCAGCAGAUCGUCUUCCUCCACACAGCUGGCAGCGACAGCCGGCAGUACCACGGCGUUAUGAAUGACCCUCAGAUGCGCAGGAAGUGCACCAUGUUUGCGUUCGACCUUCCGGGACACGGGCGCAGUUUCCCGUCGAAGAAUCUGCCACCUGGUGCGCACACAAACACUGAGGACAGCUACGUUGGCAUCAUUGCAGCGUUCGUCAAGGAGCUUGGUCUGCGAAGGCCGAUUAUCUGUGGUGCGAGUAUGGCGGGCCAGGUGUGUUUGGCAGUAGCCAUUCGUCACAAGGAAGUCGGUGCUGGCGGCACCAUUCCUCUGCAAGGGUCAGAAUACCUCAACAUGGAGCGCCAGUGGCACGACCGCUCGCCGUACGUUAACCAGUCGCUAUUCAACCCAGAAUGGAUCUACGGCAUGAUGUCGCCCACCGCACCGAAGGUCAACAAGGAUCUAAUCUGGCAUCUCUAUAGUGCGCAAGCUUACGGUAUCUUCCACGGCGAUCUCGACUUCUACUUCGGUGGCUGGGACGGCCGCUCACGUGUUGCCUCCAUCGAUACUAACAGCUGCCCCGUGUACAUGCUCACAGGCGAGUACGACUGGUCAAAUACACCUGAGAUGUCGCAGAAGACUGCAGACAAGAUCCCUGGCGCCAAGCAUAAGGCCAUGCCAGGUCUCGGUCACUUCCCAGCGACGGAGAACCCGAAGGCUUUUGUGCCGCACUUGAUCGAGGCUAUUGAGCACAUUCAGAAGGUCCGCAGCGAGGGCUUGAGUACUAUGCGUUUGGGCAACGGUACGGACUAAGUGACGUGUAUUGAAGCGUACCCAGUGAAGCGAGUUUGCGGCCUGCAUAUGCAGCGGCAGAGUUUUAUGGAUCUAGGAGCUAAUUGUGCACUUAUCGACUUGACCACUUCGCAGCAGUCACUACCUCACAUUGCAUGUUGUUGGUUGCCACGCACCUGUCGC